UACAAAAUUAAUUUAAUUAACUCGCAUUUAUAAGAAGACAAUGGGUAACUGCUUGAAGAUGAAUAGUUCUGAUGACAUUUCACUAUUGCGAGGCAGCGAUAGUAUAAUCGGACAGGAUAAUGGACCACUGUCAAUAUAUCAGCAUGAACCGCUGCCACAAGUGUUUUAUCCAGCGUCUUCUGUCAGCAAUGCUGCGAAUGUCACCCAAAUGUCGGAGGAAGAUCAGAUAAAAAUAGCUAAGCGCAUCGGACUUGUUCAACACUUGCCGAUUGGAACGUACGAUGGUAACUCGAAAAAAGCUCGCGAAUGCGUCAUUUGCAUGGUGGAAUUCUGUGUGGACGAGGCUGUACGUUAUUUGCCCUGUAUGCAUAUUUAUCACGUGCACUGUAUUGACGAUUGGCUGAUGAGAAGUCUCACUUGUCCCAGCUGCUUGGAGCCUGUCGAUGCUGCCUUGUUGACCAGCUAUGAAACUACAUAGCCUAAAAUCUAUAUAUUAUAAAUAUAAUAAAUAAUAAUAAUUCCCCUUUUGUAAUUGGUCUUUAACAAAACCUGGUCAUCAAUUUUUGAUUUGUUUGAUUUCGAUUUUGAUUGAUUUUUUGAAAUUAAAAACAACUAUGUAUAAAUAAUAUCAAUGAAAAUAUCGGUGUACAUAUAAUUCUACAAUAAUGUAAAACUUAUUUUAAACAUAGAUUGUAAUCUGUAUCUUUAACUAGCGUAAUAGUAUUGUUAAACAAUAAAAUUAUAUGGUAUUGCUUAUCUG